AUGGGCGUCUACUUUUUGCCUUCAGGGAUUUUUUUCUUAUCUUUCUGGAGAAUGAAUCCCUUGCCAAGUAUAAUAAACCACGUUCAAAAAUGUACGUCCAACUCUGGUUUUGUUUCAAGUAGAGGACAUCAAGACUCGAUCAAUCUUUUCGUGAUGAUUGAUGAUCAUUCAGGUAUGAAGUGCCAAACGCUUCUGGCUUUGAUCGCGGUUUAUCGUCCUGCGUAUAGCUCUAAUGACAAGUUCCAUCCGACCACAUUCAAGAAUUUUGAAGCCACCCAACCCCGACCUACUUUAGGAGACGUACCAGAGUUCAAGAACGAUCCCAUGUUUGUAGUUCCACCCAAUGGAACAUUCUCGCCUUUGGACCGUCACUUGCUAACGGCUCAACACAAACGUUCCAGAGAUGACAUCUCGAGUACUAUAUCUCCCAAAGUCAGAGCAAUAAUGCGACAUCUGCCAAUUGGAUUUUACGGCUACCCAAGUUAUUACGCUGGCGAGUUCGAGGAGCCGAAACCAGAACUCGGUCCAUAUAUUCACAGGGAGGUCCCAGAAGGAACUUCCUCUGAAGAGUAUUGGAAAAACAAUCUCAUCAGUCAGUUGCAGGAUUUGAAAAGAGUUCUUCUAAAAGUGCCCUCAAAUAAAAAUCCAAAUUCAAGGAGUGACCCCAUUCCUCAAUUACGGCAUCCUGUUACAUCGGAAGAGACUGUUAACCAAUUGCCUCACGAGGAUGAUAUCUUCACUCAAGGUGUUGUUGCCCAAAACACAACCACCCAAGCAUCCAGUUCAUCUUUCCUGGAAUCAAGCACAAAAGUCACUCUCAGGAAUAUUUCCGAGUUAAGCAACAGUGCCGAAAAUGAGGCCCAAAAUAUCAAUGUGACUUCCAAUGUGGUUCCCAACAGUUGGAACAAUGAAGGCUCUCAUGGACAAGGAUUUCGAUUGUUCCAAGAAGGAAUGGCCCAAAGUGUUGGAGACUACCCUGAUGACGCUCACGAGAUCCACAUUGCCUUAGAGGGACCGAGCAAAAGCUUCGACGAAUUCGGUCAAUCCGACUUUAAGGAAACCAGCACACCAUUUAUGAAGUUGGAGGACAUGGUGGAUGAUUUUGGAAACAUUACUCCACAAUCCAAGGAACUGCACAAUCCGUCCCAAUAAGAGAUUCAGCAAUGGACCAAGUGUUUUGCUCAUCCCUACCAAAUACAAUAUAGUCGUGUUCCAUUUUGAUCAAUUCUGACAAAAAGUCUGAGUUGUUUGUUUCAA